UCUCUCCACGGCUAGGGUUACGCCGACCGCCGCUAUGGCGGUCCGGCGACCAUCUUCCAUACAUGACCAGCACUCUCCCUCAACCUCCCAAGAACCGCAGCUUCUACGACAUAGCUCUCAAAGGUGACUUCAAACCAGCGACAAAAUUCAAAGGGCAACCGGCCGUCUCCUUCUCAGAUGAGGACAUCAACAAUUUGUCUGCUAGGUUUGUUCGCACAAUUGUGGGACGUUUCACCAAGGGCAGACCUUGCCUAAUUUCAAUCCGUAAGGCCUUUGAGCGAAUCGCUUUUGAAAAGAAUUUUACUGUAAGUUUGCUUGAUGAAACUCAUAUCUUAAUCAAUUUCGAAUCUGAGAACGAUUUUUUGAGAUGCUUGCUGCGAAAAUACUGGAAGAUUAAUGGUUUUGUUUUGAAAGUGUUUCGCUGGACUCAUGAUUUUGACCCUGCCAUUGAUUCCCCUCUAAUUCCGGUUUGGAUUAGUCUUGAAGGUCUUCCAAUUCAUCUCUUUGACUCUCUGGCUUUGUAUUCCAUUGCCAAUUUGAUUGGUAAACCUCUGAAAACAGAUGCUGCAACAGCAAGCCUGUCAAGGCCAUCUGUUGCUCGUANGAGAUGCUUGCUGCGAAAAUACUGGAAGAUUAAUGGUUUUGUUUUGAAAGUGUUUCGCUGGACUCAUGAUUUUGACCCUGCCAUUGAUUCCCCUCUAAUUCCGGUUUGGAUUAGUCUUGAAGGUCUUCCAAUUCAUCUCUUUGACUCUCUGGCUUUGUAUUCCAUUGCCAAUUUGAUUGGUAAACCUCUGAAAACAGAUGCUGCAACAGCAAGCCUGUCAAGGCCAUCUGUUGCUCGUAUUUAUGUCGAGGUUGAUACCAGCAAAGACCUGCCCAAUGGUGUCUGGAUCCAUCUUGGCCAACUUACAUUUCAUCAACCAAUCAUUUAUGAAGAUCUUCCUGAAUAUUGCCCCUCCUGUAAAUCUUUUGGACAUAAAAAUUGCAAAAAGGCCACAACCUCUAGAUGGGUGGUGAAGGACACAACAGGACUGGGAAUAUAGCACCUGCUGUAGCCGUCCCUCCGUUGUUGCUCCAAGCUAAUUUGCAGCUGGUGGAUAAGCAAGAUGAUGCUCUGAAUCAUGAUGGUCCAAAAGAGGAGGAGACCACUGUUAUGGAAACUUGCUCCUCUGCCCAGGCCGAAACACACUUGGUACAAUCUGUCCAGGUUGAAACACACUUGGAACAAUCUGUCCAGGUUGAAACACACUUGGUACAAUCUGUCCCAAAAUCUGAUGCCAAUGGGUUGGAACAGAUAUUAGUUCCUGCAGCUGAAACCACUGAAUUUGAAAACGAGGAACAAUCUGCUAUAGAUACAGUUACACAUAAGGCAAGUGUUGAAGCUUUGGCAACCACCAUUGAUAAUGAUAGGGAUGCUGAGGCUCCCGCGCCAACUGACAGUGCUGAAAACAAAGGUGUGUUGGUUGAGAUGGAACAACUCCAGGUUAUUGAGGAUGCUUUUCAGAACAACAAAAAUCCUCCUAACAACGACCCUAAUUUCAGGACUGAACAAAGCUGUGAAGCACACAAACUGUCCCCUAAGACAGAUUUGGAAGGCACACAGUAUGAAGAAGAAUUCCCGCCUCUCUCUAAAGAGUCUGUAAUUGCUACGACGGAUGAUUUUCCAGCCCAAAAUCAAGGUAGUGAUGCACACACUCUUUCCCUCGAGAAAGAGAUGGAUGGCACACUAUCCCCUUCAAUGAAUGGAGAUGAUGAAAAGAUUUCUGAUCCUACACAUACCACAAAUUUUCCCCCAUCUAUAACUAACUAUGCAGGUUAUGACUCAACUACUAUUGGACCAAUUCUUCAGUCUUUUGAGGUGGAUGGUGAACAUUAUGAAAUCAGGUCCUACGUUGAAGAAGCGGAGACAAGUAAUCAAAGGGAGGAGCCUAACUUCCAAGAUGUCCAGAGCAGACGCAGCAAAAAAGCGGGGAAAAGGGGAACUGCACCAAGGACGAUUAAAACCAGAAGCUACGAUCCAAACCUUGAAGUUGGAACGGUGAGCGAGAUCACUAGAUAUUGGCCUAGCCGCAAAUCAACUACAAUGGAGAAAAUCGUCACUACCGAAAGUUACUCUGGGCCCUUUUGGUACGUUGGACCCGUCGGCCCAAUUGGGGCAGAUGGGAAAAGGCCAAAGAAAAUAAUGCCCAGAAACCUCGCUUGGAUCAGCACCCGGGUUUUAUAAUUUGGGAAUGACCAUCUGUUUAUCUCUCGUUUCAUUUCUCAUUCAGUUUUCUUUUUCGUGCAUUUCUAGAGGGGCAUUGGCCUAGUCCUCCCCUCCCUGUACCUUUCUUUUACCUUUUUGAAAUAAAAUUUUCAUUUAUAU